AUGAAUUCAACAAGUACAGCACCACGUUAUUGUGAUUGGCGAAUAGAAAUCUACAAUUGCGAAAAUUCGGCAUUUUGGACAAUAGAAGUUUACUUUUCCUUGGUUUCUUUUACUUUGCUAGCAUUCUCUGGCACAUUUAUCUUUUUUUAUCGGUAUCGAUACAUGUGGCAAGGAUUAUUUGUGGAUCAUGCCGGUAUCGGUAUUCGACCGUUACCCGUUGAUUGUCUCUUAUUGUUCUUUACAAUUGCCGGAUAUCUUCGAGCAAUUCAUUGUCUGUGUUUGAUUCUUGACGUAUACACCGCUUAUUGGCAACGUGAAUUCGUUCAAGAAAUAGCGUGGACAUUUCUAAGUUACGGCGCUGUUACGUACCUUGUUGGUAUAAUAUAUACGAUUCCAGUCAGCUACACGAACGGGACCGCUGGUAUAGUCUCACUCGGUAAUGGAGUAGCCGGCGAUAAGAAAGGCUCAUUUAAUCUCACCAGCCACAAAUUAUACAUCCCCACUCCCAAACAACUGAACAUUUACAUGGCAAUUUGGUGUCUGUGGCCAUCACUUAUUGCAUUACCGUGCGCUGUUUUCUCCGGAAUCGAAAAAGAUCGAAACAAUUAUGACAUUGCAAGUAGAUACACGGCGGCUCAAUAUGUUGCUGAUUUCAUAUUCGACAUGAGUUUCGCAUUUAUUGCCGCUUACUACGGCCUAAACUUUAUGGUAGUUCUCAAAGGAACAAUCAAAUCAUUCGAGGGCAGUAAUGCAACCAGAAUAUUUAGCUCCAGUAAUGGUAAUAAUCCAACUCGUAAAGCAUUCCAUCGUUUAAAGUACACGAUGGCUUAUUUAUCAGGGUUGGCAUUGUUCUCUGGUCCCUGGUGGCUAGUCUGGGGUCUGGCACACCAGCAACUUAUCAGUUCAAUCAACAAUAUAAGUAUUUUCUUGUCAAUAAGUUGGUACAUCGCCGGUGCACAACCAAUGAUUGCCGUAUGUCAGUAUGUUCUUGCUAAACGUAUUUAUCAAAAAGCCACUGGACAGACAUCUACUAAUUCAUCGAAUGGUUCUAUGGCACCAAUGCUCUCGAAUAUUACGAAUCCUAGGUCACCAAUUACUCCAAAAAGAGCAUCUUUUCAACCAGCAAUAAUAAAAAUUGAUAAUACCGUAGAUAUAGAGAUGAGUCUUGUUGGCGACAAUCCGUUAGCUCAAGAAGCAACACGGGAAAUAACUAUAGCAGGAAGUUUAUCAGGAAGUAAUAAACGGAUGACAACCAUAUUUGACGAAUCUGGAAAAUUGUGCCCAACUAUGGAAGAUAACAAUAGUGGACAAUGA